AUGUACUGCCCCUCCACUUCUCCUCAACCUCGACAUCGGCUUUUCAAACCCGCCAUCUCCCAGCCCGCUUAUCAAUGGGCUCCUACACCGCAAUCCUAUAACCCCUCACCGUCAGCGUCGAAGCCAGCCUCCGUGGUCUUCCCCUCGAGAGAUUCUGCUCUCCUACCCACUCCAGAUCAAUCUGCCGCCAUGGCUACGCACGAUACCGUGAUGCCGGAUAUUAGCAAUCCCCAAUUUUCGGGUCGGGGGAAACGCCUGACGGUGACCGAGGAAGAAUGUCUGGUCCGGCUAUGCCGGGUGCACAUGCGAAAUUACGACGUCAACAACUACCCUAAGAGCUUUUGGAUCGAGAUGUCCGGUUUAUUACGAAUGGAAACAAAUCGAUCAUAUUCGUGGCAAUCAUGUCGAAGGCGUAUGGCCGCCAACAUUGCCAGCCGCAAGUCUUAUCAGAAUACGAUCAAGCUCGGAUAUCCGGCUCCGCUUAGUGAGAUGGACCCCAAGAUCUGCGAGCAGAUAGACAAAUGGAUCGCAACCUGUGAUGACAAACUCGAGAUGGAGAGAAAGAGGGCGGAACUAGAGAAGCAAAAGACACUCGCUGUCGAGGACAGACAACGGCUUGAGGUAGAUAUGCACCGGAAACAAAAGCAAAACCGAGUCCUCCAAUGGGUUUGCAGUCUUCCCGACUACGAGGGUUUUCUUCCCGAGUUGACCCAAUGGGGCGAGCUUCCACCCAUGGUCCACCCUCUCAACCAACCCCGAACCCGAUCUCGCUCUCGGUCCCCUCGUCGAGAAGGAAAUACCAACUACCGUCAGCGAUCCCGCUCACCCUAUGGCUCCCGAGCCGUAGGGCACAUCGGUCCUACGCCCUAUCUCGCCGAAGCCCGGCGUUCUCACGUUCGGGGACGGUCUAUUACUCCGAAGGUGGAUCACGACGGAGAUAUCGUCGUGGAGAAAAAGGAACCUCGGUCUUCCCCAAGCGAGCAAUUGCCGGCUACACCAGCCCUGCUGAACCGCCAGACCAGAAACGUCAGGGACGCUCUUCCAGGUACACACGGAAACCACCGACCGGAAUAUGCACCUCGUGACGGACCUGCACGACCUAUCCAGGGAAACUACCGGAGCUCGCCCAUCACAACCACUACCGAUGAUACCUUUGAGAGAUACAUGGAGGAGACGAAGCGCCACGCCGGUGAAUACGUUGCCAGGUUGGCCAUCAAAUGCAGCAAGGCAGCAUUGAGUAUGUCCAUGGGCAAGAGCGAGAAGCACCAAGCCUAUAACAAGGGUCUGGAGCUUGCCGUACACGACUUACUCAACGAUGUUGGAGUUGCAUAUGUCAAGAUGGUUGGAAAAAUCAUGCAACUCGAGAUACCCCGGGCGGAUUAA